CAUGGUCUGAUGUCAGACCAUAGCCACCACAGGGACCGUGCGAUUCAAUAAUAAGAUGCUGGUGAGGUGGAUGCCAGCCAGUCAGUCAGUCCUCAGUUUGAUUGUCCAACGAUUGCCUUUCUCUCUGGAGAGCGAGUCCUUUCGCGCCAGUCUCUCUGCGAGGUGACCAAAUCAGGACGACGAGAGCCAGUCCCGCGAGAUCACGCGAGAUCACGCGAGAUCACGCGAGAAGGAGAGGCCCGCGCGGAGAUUCAAAAGAUCUACGCGGUGUAACGGGAAACGGAUUGGUCCUUCGCUCCGCUCUCGACGUUUCCCCGGAAUUACUCGUGUGCGUAGAGCGUGAAUCAGAGAUCCAUUCAGAGGGAAGAGAGCUCAAUCUUCGAAAAGAUGCCUGCUCAGUUUGAAAGCAUAAAUAGCCCCAUGGCGCGGGAAUCUGUAAUCGGAAAUGGAGUACCGUAUUCCGUUGACAGUGACAUCAUCAUCACAGGCAUAUCGGGUCGUCUGCCCGAGUCGUCAAAUAUCGAAGAGUUUAAGCAGAAUUUGAUGAAAGAAGUGGACAUGGUCACUGAUAACGAGAGUCGUUGGACAGCGGGUAUAUAUGGGCUACCACGCAGAAGCGGCAAGAUCAAAGAUCUCAGUCAUUUCGACGCUACUUUUUUCGGAAUACAUUCCAAACAGGCGCACGCGAUGGAUCCGCAGCUUCGUAUUCUGUUAGAAGUUACAUACGAGGCGAUAGUUGACGCGGGCGUCAAUCCCUCGACGAUCAGAGGAUCGCGUACCGGUGUAUACCUCGGUGUUUCUACUUCGGAAACGGAAGAAGUUCAGACGAGAGACAUAGAGAGCAUAAACGGAUACGGAAUGCUCGGUUGUUGCCGUGCGAUGUUAGCCAACAGAAUCUCUUACUCGUUCGACUUUACUGGACCCAGUUUCGCGAUCGACACGGCUUGUUCCUCGGCUAUGUUCGCCAUGCAUCAGGCAAUCUCUGCAAUCCGUGCCGGCGAGUGCGACGCUGCGAUCGUUGCCGGAGCGAAUCUUACAUUAAGGCCAUCAACCUCGCUUCAAUUUCAUAAGCUGAAUAUGCUGUCGCAGGAUGGUAAGAGUAAAGCGUUCGAUGCCGCGGCUAAUGGUUACGUGAGAUCAGAGGCGAUAGUGGCGAUAUACUUGCAGAAAGCAAAAGACGCACGCAGAGUAUACGCCACGGUAGUUCACACAAAAACGAAUACCGAUGGCUACAAGACCGAGGGUAUCACGUAUCCUAAUGGUGAAAUGCAAAAUCGAUUGUUAAACGAAAUAUACAUCGAAGCGGGCAUUGAUCCUACGAGUCUGAGUUACAUAGAAACACAUGGUACGGGCACCAAAGUGGGUGAUCCAGAGGAAAUCAAUUCUAUUGAUAAAUUGUUCUGCAAAGAUAGGAAAACUCCUUUACUGAUUGGCUCGGUCAAAUCCAACAUAGGUCACUCGGAACCAACUAGCGGGUUGUGUUCGAUCGCCAAGGUAUUGAUUGCGAUGGAAGAAGGCGUGAUACCUGCGAAUUUGCAUUAUAAUAAUCCGAAUCCAGAAAUCUCUGCGUUAAUCGAGGGACGCAUGCGAGUAGUCGAUAAAGCCACACCGUGGAACGGUGGUCUCGUCGGCAUCAACUCGUUCGGUUUCGGUGGCGCGAACGCGCACAUUAUUCUACGUAGUAAUCCGAAACCAAAGCUGUUGCCACUGUUGAACACCACUGAACUGUUACCCAGAUUGAUUACCGUAUCGGGUCGAACGGAAGAGGCUGUGCACAUCUUAUUGGAUAAAGCGAAGGAGCACCGAAGAGAUGACGAGUUUCUCUUGCUGUUACACACGCUGCACAAUAACGAUAUCUCUGGACACGGAAUUCGCGGUUACGAGAUACUCGGCGUUGAUGAUACACGCGAAAUGACCAAGAUAGCAAAACAGAACGAGAGGCGUCCAAUCUGGUUCAUAUUUUCCGGCAUGGGCUCGCAAUGGCCAGGAAUGGGUCGUCAAUUAUUCGGUAUCGAAACUUUUCAACGUAGUUUGCGACGAAGUGCGGAGGCAUUAGCACCCCACGGUAUUGAUCUUAUGGACAUUAUCAUGAAUGGCACGAACGAAAUGUACGAGAAUAUAAUGAAUUCCUUCGUAUCUAUCGCGGCUCUGCAGGUCGCCCUCGUCGACGUACUGACGUCGAUAGGUAUAUACCCGGACAAUAUAGUCGGACAUUCCGUUGGAGAGUUGGGUUGUGCUUACGCUGACGGCACGUUUACCCCAGAGCAGACCGUCUUAGCGGCUUAUUGCAGAGGCAAAGCGAUCUUGGAGUCCAAUUUGGAACCGGGUGCCAUGGCAGCUGUCGGUUUAAGCUGGGAGGAGACUAAAAAGAUGUGCCCGCCCGAUAUCAUUCCGGCUUGUCACAAUUCUGCGGACUCGGUCACUAUUUCGGGUCCGAUUGAGUCUAUUAAUAACUUCGUACGAAUGCUGAAUAGCAAGAAUAUUUUUGCCAAGUCUGUGAAAAGUGCCGGUUUCGCCUUUCAUAGUAAAUACAUUGCUUCCGCUGGGCCUAAGCUGCGCGCUUCGCUCGACAAGAUCAUACCGAGUCCCAAGCAGAGAUCGGCCAAAUGGAUUUCCAGCUCUGUGCCCGAAGCCGCAUGGGGCAGCCCACUCGCACAGUUGAGCUCGUCCGCGUAUCAUGUCAACAAUUUAUUGUCUCCCGUGCUCUUCCAGGAAGCGAUCGCGCACAUCCCGGAGAACGCGAUAACGAUUGACAUCGCGCCGCACUCCUUGUUAUUGCCGAUCUUACGCAGAUCGCUACCAUCAACGGUGACUAAUAUUGGCCUGCAAAAGAAGGAUCAUUCGGACAAUUUGGUUUUUCUUCUGUCUAACGUGGGCAAACUGUACAUGGCUGGCGUGCAACCCAACAUUUCCAAAUUAUAUCCUCCCGUGAGUUUUCCCGUCGGUCGUGGAACACCUAUGAUCGGGCCUUUAGUUAAGUGGGAUCACUCCACCGAGUGGGACGUGAUUAAUUUCAAACAGACAGAGCAAUCGGGAGAGUGCAUCGUUCAAUUGGAUCUGUCGAAAGAAACGGACGCGUAUCUAGCGGGACAUCAGAUAGACAAACGAAUCAUUUUCCCAGCCACUGGCUAUAUUUUCUUGGUGUGGAAAACAUUGGCGAAACUGCUCAGCAUGGACUACGAGCGAUUGCCAGUGAUCUUCGAAAACCUACGGUUUCAGCGAGCCACUAUUAUGCCGAAGGAGAGACCGGUGAAAUUGUCGAUAACCAUCUUUAAGGGAACCGGCGACUUUGAGAUUUGCGAAGCCGACAGCGUCGCCGUCAGUGGAAACGUUCGCGUCUCUGAAAACAUAGAAAAAGAUCAGCUCAAAUUGCAACCGCCGAUUUUGCCUGCCGACAAAGAGACAUUGCCAUUGAAUUCCAAAGACAUUUACAAGAUUCUGAGGUUGCGUGGAUACGAAUAUCGCGAUAUUUUCCAAGGAAUCAAAUCUUGCGACAACUACGGCGUUGCUGGUAAAAUUUGCUGGUUUGACCAAUGGGUUUCGUAUAUGGAUACCAUGCUUCAGAUGACCAUAAUAUCCUUUGACAACAAUUUGAUGUAUUUACCAUCGCGUCUCCAGUAUAUGGCGAUUAAUCCCAUUCUUCAUAAACGUUUAGUGGAGACAUUAGCAAAGGACGACGGAUUACCAGUGUAUUACUACAAGAACAUCAAUGUCGUCAAAUCGGGUGGUAUUGAGAUGAGAGGAUUGAAAUCUUCCUUAGCACCUCGACGACAGCAGACUCAAGCUCAUCCUAAGUAUGAACGGUAUACUUUCGUGCCCUAUGAAAAUUUGCAUAGUCUGGUAGAGGAUCCAACGAAAGGAAAGCUACACGCACUCACCGUACUCUUGCAAAUCAUGUGUGAGAACAUGACGGCAUUGAAAUUGAAGACCGUGGAAGUUGCAGGUGAACGAACCGCGGAAGCUCUCUUGGCUCCGCUUAUACUCGACAUCUUUCAUAGUGAACCGAAUCCGCCUACCAUUGAUUUACAAGUGGUCGCAGUUUCUUCCGAUAAUUACACGGCGAGUUUGAAUCAAAUGAACAUUAAGGCUAACGUAAUAACGAUAAAUGUGAUCGACACACCUCCUGCUCAGGAUGCGCAUCUUAUCAUAGCGACGGAUGUUCUAUCCAAUCGAUCUUAUGCCAUUCUCAAAAACCUAACAGCUGCCUUAAAACCAAACUAUUAUAUUCUUCUGGAGGAAACUUCCAUGCAACUAGAUUUGAAGAAUGCGUUGAAAGAAACCGAUCUGGUAUUGGCUGGGAAACAAAUCGAUUCCGUAGGAAAAACUUAUUUGUUGCUGAAGAAGCAGAAGAAGAGGGGAGAUAGUAAUACAAAUCAUCCGAUAGUAAUACAAAUCACAGAGAAAAAUCUCUCAUGGCUGGAGGAUGUAAAAGCAGCACUGAAAAAAUCUAAUAGCAAAGGACAAGAAGUACUUUUAGUAUCCCAAGGCGAAGAAACGCUCGGCUUGGUAGGAUUCAUGACUUGUGUACGACGCGAGAUGGGCGAUGCAAACGUGCGCUACAUUUUUAUUCAGGACAAGAACGCCCCCAAAUUUGACUUAUCCGUACGACUUUAUAUGGAACAGUUGAACAAAGGAUUGAUGGCCAACGUAUUGAAAGGAGGACACUGGGGCAGUUAUCGGCACUUGCCAUUAGAUCAACAAACCAACGUACCUUCCCUGCAGGUAGAGCAUGCUUACGUCAACUCCUUAACAAGAGGAGAUCUCAGCAGCUUGAGAUGGAUCGAAGGUUCGUUAAGUUACUACCGACCUAAUAGUUUUCCUAAUAUGAAAUUGUGCAGUGUGUACUACGCUCCACUGAACUUUAGGGAUAUCAUGUUGGCGACUGGCAAACUACCGCCAGAUGCCUUACCAGGAAAUAUGGCUGCGGAAGAAUGUAUAUUGGGACUUGAGUUUUGCGGGAGAGAUACAGACGGUCGUCGCGUGAUGGGCAUGGUCAAAGCUAAAGGAUUAGCGACUAUUGUAUUAGCAGAUCCUGACUUUCUUUGGGAGGUACCCGACAAAUGGACUUUGGAAGAGGCAGCAACAAUACCUAUCACUUAUGCAACUAGCUACUAUGCUCUGUUUAUGCGGGGUAAACUGAAAGCAGGUGAAAGUGUGUUAAUUCAUGCUGGUACAGGUGGUGUCGGUCAAGCAGCAAUUGCCAUUUCUCUGCAUGCUGGUUGUACCGUUUUUACUACCGUCGGCACGCCAGAAAAAAGAGAAUAUCUCAAAAAAAUUUUCCCGCAAUUGGAUGAUAGACACAUCGGUAAUUCUCGAGACACGAGUUUCGAACAGCUAAUACAUACCGAAACACAAGGACGUGGAGUCGACGUAGUGCUAAAUUCAUUGGCAGAGGAAAAAUUGCAAGCUAGCAUUCGAUGUCUCGCGUUAAACGGCCGUUUCCUUGAAAUUGGCAAGUAUGAUUUGUCGAAUGACAAUCGUAUAGGGAUGUCGAUGUUUUUGAAGAAUACAUCCUUUCACGGUAUACUCGUGGACGCAUUGUUUGAACAACCUAGUUCGGACAAAACAGAACUGAGAAGACUUCUUUCGGAAGGAAUCGAAAAUGGUGCGGUACGUCCGCUGCAAUCGACUGUGUUCUCGGAACAGCAGCUCGAGCAAGGAUUUAGAUUCAUGGCGACAGGCAAACACAUUGGCAAAGUACUAUUAAAGAUCCGUGAUGAGGAACCGAAGAAAUGUGUACCGCCGACGCCGAAGACAAUAACCGCGAUCCCGCGUACUUAUAUAAAUCCAGAAAAAUCAUAUAUUCUGAUCGGCGGUCUUGGUGGAUUCGGUCUAGAACUGGCCGAUUGGAUGAUUAACCGUGGCGCUAAAAUCAUUGUUCUCGUGUCGCGCUCAGGCAUACGCACUGGUUAUCAAUCCUUCUGCGUGCGUCGCUGGCGCGAAAGAGGUAUAAAGAUCGUCAUCUCCACGAUAGAUAUUACGACAUUAUCGGGUGCCGAGCUUUUGAUUCAAGAAAGCAAUCGGCUGGCUCCGGUAGGCGGUAUAUUUAAUCUAGCAGCCGUAUUGCGUGAUGCUCUGAUUGAAAAUCUAGAGGAAGCUGACUUUAAAACGGUGAUUUUGCCAAAAGUUGACGUUACAAGGAAUUUAGAUAUGGUGUCAAGAAAGUUUUGCCCAUCGCUAGAUUACUUUGUGGUAUUUUCAUCUGUAGCAUGCGGUCGUGGUAAUAUAGGUCAAACUAAUUAUGGUUUUGCGAAUUCGACCAUGGAGAGAAUGAUGGAACAGAGGCAAGUUAAUGGUUUACCUGGUCUCGCCAUUCAAUGGGGUGCUAUCGGAGACGUUGGUUUAGUCGCAGAAAUGAUGGGAGGUAAUGAUAUCGAGGUGAGCGGUACUGUACCACAAUUCAUGUCGAGUUGUCUCGAGACGAUGGAUUUAUUCCUUCAACAACCGCAUCCAGUGUUGAGUUCUACAGUACUAGCCGAGAAACAUAAAUCCGACGAGAGCAACAAAAUCAGCCUCAUUAAAAUCAUUGGCAACAUCCUAGGCAUUAAAGAUUUUGACAAGAUCAGUCCUAAUGAUACCCUGUCCGACUUAGGUAUGGACUCAUUGAUGGGUACGGAAAUAAAACAAACUCUCGAAAGAAAUUACGAUAUCAUGUUGUCACCUCAAGAGAUCCGUGGUUUAACAUUUGCCAAAUUGCAAGAAUUAUCCUCGACAAAUGUCGAGACAACGAAGGAACCUCUCGCUACAAAUGCGAUUACUGCUGCAGACAUGGAUAUGUCAGUUAAUAUGCUGCUGAUGCAGUGGCCGAGCGACGACAUACUGCCUAAAGAAGCAGUCAUUCGUAUGAAAACAAAAAGCUCCAAUGGACCGAUGAUGUUCAUCAUUCCUGGUAUUGAAGGCUUCGUUAAACCGCUAGAAUACAUAGCUAGUGAACUUGAGAGGCCAUUAUGGGGUUUGCAAAGUAUUGAACAAGCACCUUACGAAACAAUACAGGACUUGGCUAUGUAUUACAUAAAUAUCAUUAAAAAAAUUCAGAAAAAGGGACCGUACCACUUGGCAGCAUAUUCGUUUGGAACUUGUAUCGCCAUUGAGAUAACUCUGCAAUUGGAAUCCGCUGGAGAAAAGGUGAUUCUGAGUUUAAUCGAUGGUUCAUUGGAAUUCGUGCGACAACAAUGUGAUAUGAUUGGCAAAUUAGACGUGAAAAAACAUAUUACUUCUGAAGGUUGUAUGAAAGCAUUGGCGUAUUUCAGCAUACAAUUUAACAAGAAACUCAGUUUAAUUGAAGCGUAUAAUGUUCUAAAGCAGAGUAAAUCGGAAGUGGAAAUGUUUGACAAAAUGGUACAAGUGAUUGGGAACACACCAUUUUCACAAAAUGACCUAAAAAUUGCCGGAUAUCUUUUAUAUAAAAAGUUAGCGGCUAAUACAAUUUAUACACCAAAUAAAAACAUCAAAGGAUCAGUCACAUUAAUUAAGGCUUCAGAAAAUUUCCUGUCUUUAGAAAAGGAUUAUAACUUAUCUCAUCUUUGCACGCAACCUGUAAGAAUAGAAGAAGUACAAGGUAAUCACAAGACAAUAUUGUUGGGAGAAAGUGCUAAGAAAAUCGCGAGUUUCUUGCAAGUAUAGCUUAUGAAAUGUACAACAUUCGUGUUUUAAUUUUUACAUUAUAUUCGAGGAUAAACGUAGCAUAACACAUGGUGUUGCCGAUAGAACUAAUAUUUUUUAUAGCAUAGAAAAUUGCAGAAAUAUUGUACAUGUGUAUCUUAUUUUAGAAUUUGCAAUAUUGCAAAUAUAAUACUAUAUUACUGCAAUGUAACUCUAUGCCAUAUUGAUAUAACAAAUAACAAUUUGUGUAGAUUC